GGAACUGCGAAAAGAGGUGUACUAUUAUCACGUGAUCAAAAUAAAAUCUUGAUGUUAGGAUGGCGGUAGUGCAUCAAAAUAUCGAGUUCCAGCACUUGAAUUUCCUUCUCAAGGCAAGUGGGAAAGAGGUUGUUCAGCGUGCGUGUGAACAUGCCUUUCUCUAUCAUAAUGUCAUCUCCUUUCCGAUAGAGGUCAUAGCUAAGAUGGCUGAUGGAUUGGGAAUCAAUGUGAGAGAUGCCGAAAAGCUUCUAGAGACACUAAGGAAAGUGAUCAAACAUGCUCUCUACAUUGGAUGCAUUGAUGCUGCUUCUGUCCAUGCUGUUUUUCCUGCUAAUUUUCACAAGAACCUGAAGGAACUUUUAUCUAGAAUAAUUGGUGACAAAUUAGACAAAUGGAGACAGAUAUCAAUAGAAAACAAAGUUUCCCAACCAAAGCUGGUAGACUUUGAUUGGAGGGUGGACAUCAAAACCUCGUCGGAUACCUUAGCCAGAAUGUCAGUACCAACAUGUAUCCUACAGUUACAGAUCGAGGAGACUGCAUCCAACUCCCAUCUCAUGCCAGGCCUGUCAACCCAGAAUGUAGAGCUGAGCAAAGAGACGUUAGAUACCAUGCUGGAUGGGUUAGGCAAAAUACGGGACCAACUCAACUCUGUAGCAUCCAGAAAGUGAGGUAGGAAAUGAAAUUUGGCAGCAGUACCAUGGACCAGCUUAACUCUGUGGCAUCCAGGAAGUGAGAUGGGAAAUGAAAUUUGGCAGCAAUAGCUUGGACCAGCUUAACUCUGUCGCAUCCAGGAAGUGAGGUGGGAAAUGAAAUUUGGAGGCUGGGUGGAGAGACAUUAUAAACUGUGCUUGAUCAGUUAUUUCAGCAAAUCAGGGGCAAAUACAUCUCUGUAUCAUCCAGGAAGUGAGGUGGGAUAAGAAAUUUUGAGGCAAUAUCAUGUACAAGCUCAACUUGGUUGCAUCCAGAAAGUGAUGGGGGAAAUAAAAUUUGGAGGCUGGGUAGAGAGACAUUAUAAACUGUGCCUGAUCAGUUAUUUCAGCAAAUCAGGGACAAACUCAUCUCUGUAUCAUCCAGGAGGUGCGGUAUAAAAUGAAAUUGGGGAGGCUGGAAGCCAAGUAUUAAAGGAAGGAGACAUGGAUAUUAAAGGGAUCAAGUCUGUGGCAUCAAGGUUGUGAUGUGGGAAAUUAUAUACUGUGCUUGAUCGCUUGCUUCAGCAAAUCAAGGGCUAUUUCAACUCUGUCAAAAAAAACGAUAAUUUUCUGGAAUGUAAUUUGGCAGAGGAGCUCCCAAUGCCCUGGAACUUUUUGUUGCCUCAGAGAGGACUGUUAACGUGAAGAUUCCAACGUAAUAAUCAGAGCUAGAACCACCUUAAUUGGAUUUGAAGUUUGUGAAAUACCUUUGAUUUUUCUCUCCCUCCCCCCAAAAGGAAAAUAUUAAUUGUGGAGGCAAAAUACAAAUUUAUAUUUGUAGCUGUUUGCCUUGAGUAUGGCCUCUCCUCCCUCCCCAUAAUACUAAAACCACCAUGGAAAUGAAGAGUAUCAUUUCUGCAUUUCAAUUCUUUUCUGACGUGUGUAAAACAUUUAAAUGACCGUAAAUUAUUCCUAGGUUUUUUAAGUAUAAGAUGACAACAAUAAAGAUGCAAACGCACUUCUAACAUUGUCAGAUAUUUUUUAUUUCAAUGUACACAGAAGCACUUCAAAAUAUACAAGUUAACUUUCAAAUGCAGAAACCUUUGCUCAAAUGCUUAUACAGUAUUGCUCGGAAUAAAGUUGACACCCUUCCGAAGGGUCACGCAUCUACCGCGAGACAGGCGUGACCCAAAAAAUUACCACCAGCCGAUUUCGCGCGUGAAAUUCACGCGUCAAUUUCACGCAUGCAGCUGGCAGAAGAGAGGCCCAAUGCUCACGUAAAACACGAGAUUUUUUCAGAUUUGAUCUCUAUUUGUCCAUGUAGUUUGCGCCUCAACUCUAGGCACUUUUUGGUCAAAACACGACGCAAUCCCGAUGCAAUCCCGUCGGUUUACUGACGGAUGGUCUAUUAUCACUUGGUCUAAUCAUCAGAUGGGCUAACAACAUUCGGGCUAAACCCACUUAGUCCAAUUCUCUUUUAAUUCACCAUCCCGUCAUUUGCACUUCAAGAUAUUCAACCCGAUAGACAGCGGGUUGAAAAUCCUAAAUUCCCAAUAGCUAGACAGCGGGUUGAAAAACUGCCUCAAGCGCGCGCAUCAGACGAGUCCCCGCUAGAAAUCCAUGUGCCCAGCUCUUGACCGAGUGACCCAGUUAUAGUUACAUAUUUGGCUUAAAGGACGAGUAGAUUAUCUUUCCACUGUUUAUUUGUGGAGCUAGCUCCAUGGUUUAUUUUUCAGUGUUUAUGUUAUCAAAGACGUCUUCCGUUUAAAGGACAAGUCUUGCUUUUUAUGCAGGUUCCCUCAUAUUUCACUCUUUUAAAUUGUCUUUAAUUCCAAAUCGCUAUUUUCUUUAAUUUGAAUUAAUUGUUAUGCCUUGUCUGAUUUGUAUUCUCAUAAGUUUUCUGAUAUUGUUUUAUAAUUUUGUUUGUACUUGUGAAAUAUGUAAAAUAAAGUCAAAUCAAAUCAAGUAGAUAAUCUUUUUCUAUCUUUUAUUUUUUAUCUUUUGUUCUUCAAUUCUGUAAUUUUAAUCAGGUACGUAUUUCAUUCAAAAGAACAAGUAUUUUCAUCAUUUUUCUAUUCAUCAUUCAAAGAAGAAGAUUCGCUUUCCAUCAUUUUCUGUUCAUUGUUUUUUUGUUUUUUUUAAUCAGUAAUACAUCGUUCAUUUAAAGGACGAGUUGAUUUGCUAACCAUCAUUUUCUGUUUAUCAAUUCUGUUUUUUUUUUCAAUUUCCUCACUUACGUCUUUUAAUCAAAGAUUCGCUUUCCAUCAUUUUUCUGUUCAUAAAUUCUGCAUUUUUAUUUUAUCAGUUACGUCGUUCAUUCAAAGGACGAGUAGAUUUGCUUACCAUCAUUUUUCUGUUCAUUGAUUGACCCUUUUUUCAUUUAAUCAGUUACGACGUUAAUUCAAAGGACGAGUAUAAUUCAGAUUUGAGUUUUAUUAUGAAGUUAUGAAACAGAGAUUUAGAAUCAAGUUAGAAUUAAUCAUAGUUAUAGAACAUUUAAAUUUAAAAAAAAAACACAACCAAUGAGAUGUGAAAUCCAUUAAGAAUGGAACAGAUAUUACUAGAUUUGCUAACCAUCAUUUUCUGUUCAUCAAUAUUCUGUUGUUGUUUUUUUCAUCACUGACGACUUUUAUUCAAAGAUUCGCUUUCCAUCAUUUUCUGUUCAUUAAUUCUGUAUUUUUAUUUUAUCAGUUACGUCGUUCAUUCAAAGGAAAGUAGAUUCGUUUUUCCUAAUUUUUGUUCAUCAUUAUUCAGGUUUUUUUUUAUAAUUUCAUCAUUUACGUCUUUUAUUCAAAGAAGAUUCGCUUUCAAUCAUUUUUCUGUUCAAUUCUGUAUAUUUUAUCAGUUACAUCGUUCAUGGCAAGAACGAGUUGAUUCCCUUUCCAUCAUUUUUUGAGUUCCAUCAAUUCUGUGUUUUGUUUUCAUUGUUCAUCAGUUACGUCUUUUAUCUAAAGAAGAAACGCUGUCCAUCAUUUUUCUGUUCAACAAUUCUGUAUUUUUAUUUUAUCAGUUACAUCGUUCAUUCCAAGAACGAGUAGAUUCACUUUCCAUCAUUAUGACGUUCAGAGCACGAGUAGAUAUGCUUUCCAUUUUCCUGUUCAUCAAUUCUGUGUUUUAAUUUAAUCAGUUUCGUCUGUUUAUUCAAAGAACGAGUAGAUUUGCUUUCCAUCAUUUUGUGUUUAUCAAUUCUGUGUGUUUAUUUUAUCGGUUACGUCUUUUAUUCAAAGAUGAUUCGCUUCCCAUCAUUUUUCAUUUUUUCGCUAUCAAUAACAGUUGAUUUUAUACCCAAAGAUAUUAAUUUACAAUAUCAUCAUCAUCAUUUGUAUAUUUAUUCUCCUCAUUCAAUUCUUCUUAUGUCUUUCACUUCUUUUUGUUCCUGUUCUUCUUUCUUUACCUUUAUCUUUACCAUGUUCAUUCGUUCAUCCACCAUAUCAUCUGUUGUUUCUCUCUUAUCCUUAUCUUCUUUAUCCUUUAUUUCUUUCUCUUAGCCGUCGUCUUCUUCCUCCUACUUCGCCCACUUUUCUCUUCGAUCGGCUAUCUUGAACCCCCCCCCCCCCUUCCCGGAAAAAGAAUACCCGCAAGUGGCCCUGCUUUAAAUGCCUAGCAUCAGCACUUUCUGAAAAAUCUUAUUCAGUCCCCGCCCCCCCCCCCUUGUAUCUUCCUUAAAUAUUUUUUUUGCAUGUUGUGUUACUCUGUUCCCUUUCUCUCCGUCCAUCAUUCCAGCAACAGCCCCCCCCCCCCCUAUAAGUAAUAUCGUCUUUUUACGCCCGCCCGUAUAAGACGAGACGUAACUUGGUAUCACGCUCGGUAUCCGUCUGUCCCUCCAUUCGUUAACAUUUCCUUAUAAACAUGAUAACUCCAGUUUAACUUAACCCGAGGCUUAUAUUAUUUGGUGUGUAUAUGAUACAAGCGUCAAAAGGUCAAGUCACCAUCUUCCAUUUUUUUUGCUUGACCAAUAUACUCUAUUUUCCGUGUAACCCGAGCGAACACAAAAACAUUGACAAAAUAUCAAAAAAAUGUUUGGUAAAACAUGAAAAUGUUUAAGGGAAAUGUUAAAAUCAUAUAACAUGUAUGGUUUUCUCAAUGCUAUAAUACAUUUUCCUAACGUUUAGCAUUUAAAACGUAUUUCCCUAAUGUAUUUUAGUAAUGUUAAUAAAAUGUUGCAAUGAUAUAUUUUUACGAAUUGACUCGUUUUAAUCCAUGUGCAUAUAUAUUAUCUCUUGCUAAUUUGUUUAUUUAUAUUCAUUUUAUGUUGCCCUGUGUACUGUUCGUCUAUAUAUAGAACAGACAACCUGGACUUAUUGUAAUUGUUUCUCUUUUUAUCAAGAACAGGUGAUUUUAUACAAAAAAAUAUAAUUCAUUUUCAAUAUC